AUGCAACAGGCCAGAGUUACACUAAGUCCUGGUGAGUUUAGGAAGAAAAUGUUAUGCAAAUUUAAGAAUUAAAAUAAGAUCCACGUGGAUUUUGGUUGGAAAAAUCACAAAAUUUGACCGGAAAUUCAUUUUUUUUUUGAAUUUGUGGUGCUAAAGUUUGAAAUCCACGUGGAUUUUCAGUCAAAAAUCGGAAAUUUGUGAAGAAUUUAAACUUUUAGCUCAAAUCUCAAGCUUCUGAUUUUUUGGCGAUAAAAUUUCGAUAAAAAACUGGAUUCUCAUCAAAAGUUAAAUUAAAAAAUCCGAAAUUUGAAGAAUUGUCAAAUUUUAGGCUAAAUCUCAAGCUUCUGCCUUGAAUGUCAUGAAGAAUUCAAAAAAUUUGACCUGACAUUUGAGUUUCUGAGGUUUUCAUAUGAAAAAUCGGUUUUCUGGCUCCAGAAAUUCGAAAUUUGAAUAUUUUACCUGAAAUUCAGCUUAAAUUCAUCCAAAUUUGAAUUCAGGUGCAAAAAAUUGAGAAAAUCAUGAUUUUUGACAUUUCCUAACUCGAAAUUUCAAAAUUUUGCACAUUUUCUAGCCCAUUUUUGUUCCAGAAGUCGAUAAAAACCGCGAUACGAGAAGAACACAUCGGCGAAUCGACUUUUACGAAGUUCCGACAGAAAAUCGAGGAUAAAUGAUGCAUUUUUGGAUUCAAGAGAUCGAUUAGUCGAAAAAAUGGGAGAAAAAGAGACGGAGACUCAAAAAGGGCCGGUUUUAGAAGGUCCGAUGGCUAGAACUACAAUUAUCACAUUUUUACCACCUGAAAUUGAUCAAGAUUUGGAAAUUGGAAAGAUGGACGGUUGAAAGUUGGUGAUAGUAUUGUUGAGAUUGAUUGCAGACCGGUUUAUCAGGUACGGGACUUUUUGGUGUGAAAGAUGGGACUUUUUGAGCCAGAGAACCUGCAAAUUUAUCCCCGGACGUUUUUUUUGUUGAAAAUGGUUCUGGGACAAUUUUUCUUGGUGCUUUAGAUCUCAAAUUUCGGUUUUUUUCGUUGAAUUUCGGCCCUGAAGCGAUUUUUAGCGCCUGAAAAGCUGAAAUUUGGUCUUCCAGACGUUUUUCUAGGUGAUGUGGGUGCUAAAGUUGGAUUUUUUAUGAAAUUUGAGAUUUUUUGAGCUACAGAACCUUUUAGAAUUGGUCCCUGGCCUUUUUUUCGUUGAAAAUGGUCCUAGACAAUUUUUUAAACAGUAAGGUUUUUUGUAUAUAACGAAAGAUGAAGCAACAUUUUCAAUUAUCUAUAAUUUUUUAUGGAAAAUACUUGAAACAGUGAAAUUUUGGGUUUUUUAUUUGGUGAAAAUUCAGCUAAUUUUUUUCCAGAAAAAUCUGAAUUAUUAUUUCGAAUUAGAAUUUUAGAUAAAAGUUUUUGAAACAGUAAUUUCUUAUUUUAAAAUGGUUUACUAGUUUCAGAGAUCUUAUACAAAUUAGAUAUCAUUUGAAAAAUUUUAUAUGAAAAUUUGUUGAAACAGUAAACUUUUCAAGUUUUAUCUGAGAUUUAUAAUUUUUAAAUUCAAAUUUUUACACUACUCACAUUGUCCUGAAUUUUUCUACAAGCUACACAAGUUUCACCAAAACGAAUUAUACUUCAUAAAUUUUUGAAAUGGUAUUUUUUUCUCUAGACAAUAUUUUGUUUUCCCAAAAUUUUAAUUAGAUUAAAAAUCUAUAUAAUCUUCCAAAAGGUUCUACCAAAACCCUCUUAAUUUUAUUUUUUUCCAGAUGUCAAUUCUAAGAGCUCGUGCUUAUAUCACUGACCUGGCUCUCUUCUCUACAAAACCAGUCACUUUGACCAUUUUGCGAUCAAUCGAAACAUUCAGCGAUGAGAAUAAUAUCGAUCAGAAAUCGAUAUUUUCAGCUUUGCAAGCUGCAAAUACAUAA